AUGGAACGCUGUCUAAAUGAAAAUUGUAACUCCACUUGCCCAGAAAUUCCUUAUCAAGAGAGUCAGACACUUCUGGUCGCUGUUUACAGCAUUGUUUUUGCAAUAGGCCUUCCAGCAAAUUGCUUAACGUCUCUGCUGACAUUUGUACAAAUCAAAAGGAAUAUAGUAGUUGCCAUCUACAUUUUCAGUUUAUCAUUGUGUGACCUGAUGUAUUUAUGUACCUUGCCUGUCUGGAUUAUCUAUGUGCAAAAUGGGCACAAGUGGACCAUGGGUGACACUGCUUGCAGGAUAACAGGAUUCAUCUUUUUCUGCAGUAUCUACAUCAGCAUUCUGCUUUUGUGCUGCAUCUCUGUGGAUCGUUACAUGGCACUGGUGCAUUCUCUGGAAUCAAGGGGAAGAAGACAACAGAAAAAUGCCAUCAUAAUAGUCGGUUUUCUCUUUACUGUGGUUGCAGGAAUCCACACGCCGGUAUUUUUUAUGGAAAAUGGGCAAAACUGUACAGAGGUGAAAACCUGCUUUGAGACAGUGCCCCUUGACUUAUUAUUGGCUUAUUUCAGCUGUGCUAGAUUCCUGUUUGGAUUUUUCAUACCCCUCCUGAUCCUGAUUUUUACAAACUGCAAAAUUUUCAAAGCUACAAAAAGAAGCAGCAGCUUGACUUGUCGUGAGAAAGCCAAAGUGAAGCAUGUUGCUAUUGCCAUUAUUACUAUUUUCGUGAUCUGCUUUGCUCCAUAUCAUCUGGUUCUCAUAGUAAGAGCCAUAUACUUUAUGUUUCAUCAGGACUGCCCAUGUCCAUUUGAAAAUAAGAUAUAUUCAACCUUUACAGCGUUUCUGUGUUUAGCCACUGCAAACAGCAUUGCUGAUCCAAUCAUCUACGUUCUGGUCAGUGAAAACGUCAGAAAUGACUGCUAUAGGAGCCUGAGAAGAUUGAGAUGGAACUCAUCCAAGCCAAAUUCAUCCACCGAUCACAAUACUGACAACAUAAAGUUGGAAACGCUAAAAGAAUCAGAGGAAGAGGGCCAAAGUAAAGAAAACUCAAAGAAAUAA